GAUUCCGAUUGCAAUGGACAUUUGAAGCUCCAUUCUCUAAAUGAAGCAAAUAUUGCUAAUAUAAUGGAAGAACUGAAGAAAUAUUGUCAUCGUGUGCCCAUUAAGAGCAGGGGCAAGCCCAAAUUGCCAAUUGUCCUGGUGCCUUUUCGGCAGAAGGGCAAUCGCUUUGGAACAAUGAUCACCAUAUGCCAGCCAGAUGAAUGGCGAGAACUCGAAGUCUCCUGGCCAGCUAUUCCGGGCAAGCGAUUGGUCUGCAACAGAUCGGUAUGCAGCUGUUGUCGACAACGCACGGGGAAUUCCAAGCCAGGUGAGGCGUCAGUUGAUGUUCCUAAGCGCUCAAAAAAAAAGAAUUUAGUCGCGGGAACAAAGUUGCAUCGAACAAGAGCCGAACCCAAAGCAUUUUUAAGAGAGUUUUCAAAUCGUUCUCAAUCACCGAAAACGGAAACGCAUAGAGAACCAAAUCGUACAGAAUACAAGAAAUCGACAAGGUCAAAUCGUGUUCCACAUCCUAAAAGAGAAGUGCGAGCCACUCAGGUUGCCGAGACGUCCCACAAGGCAACAGGUACUUCAACCCGUUCAUCGUCUUACAAGAGAGGCUCCUCUCGCACUUAUGAGAGGCAAACUAAUAGACCCCAGAACAAGAACAAUCCUGAAUAUAUCGAAGCUCCUAAAAGAGGCGAUGCCCGCCCAGUGGCAAAACAAACCUGUCGAUCACAGAAUAAUCGCAGUGAACCUGUAGUAAGGUGUAUUUUGUUGUAG